GAGCAUUCAGCGUCACAUCAGAGAGAGAUAAGAAAAAUGUUGUGCCCAAUGGAUUUCAUUGUUUUGAUCUCUUGUGCGGUCCUCCUCAUUGUCCAAUCAUGUCAUGGUUCUGAGAUUAUUGGUGGGAAAGAAGUGGCUCCCCACUCGCUGCCUUUCAUGGCUCUGAUGCGGCCUACGUACUGUGGAGGGAUCCUGAUCCAUCCAAAAUGGGUCCUGACUGCUGCCCACUGCAAAAACAUUAAGAAAGUGAUUCUGGGAGUGCACUCCAUUAAAGGAAAGGAAAAAGAUUCCAGGCAGGUCCGCGAGGUGAAGAGUUUUCCUCAUCCCAGCUAUGAUGCAACAAAGAGGAUCAAUGACCUCAUGCUGCUCAAGCUUGACAAACCGGUGAUGCGAACCAAGACGGUGAAGUGUCUCCCGUUGGGGGACACCAACAAAUAUCCAGCAGCUGGCACCAGCUGUCUGGUGGCUGGAUGGGGAAAAACAAACAACACCGCCACGACUCCUUCAGAUGUCCUGAGGUCUGUCCAUGUGACUGUGAUCGAUAGAAAGAAGUGCAACUCUCCUAAGAAUUACAACGGGAAGCCUGUUAUCACCAGCGGCCAGAUAUGUGCUGGUUCAGUCGUGGAAGAGGUGGCUGAUACCUGUGGGGGGGAUUCAGGAGGCCCACUGUUGUGCAAUGGAGCCCUGGUUGGUGUCACUUCUUUUGGAAAGGUUGAUAAGCGUGGCAUAACACAAUACCCGGGUGUGUACUCUUUUCUCUCAAAAAAACAAAUCAUCUGGAUCAAGAAGACAAUGAAAAAGUCUGAAAUAUAGCCAGCCCAGUUCAUUAACGUCUGUUUAUGUGCUAAUAUUAUGCUACAUUCACUUUAUCCUGCUUACUGUAGAAGGAAGAAAUGUACAUGAUAUGUUUUUUUGAAUGAUUUUUCUAAAUCUAUAUAUAAAAGCGCUAUAUUUUCUUAAGGUGAAAAAAGCAAACUUCCAAAGCAAUCCGCCAACCGGACAGAGGCACCACUCUCUGCAUCAGAAGCUUAAAUAUACUAUAACUCAAGUCGUAUGGAUAUAUGUUAUAAUUAGUUUGAUGCUCAGGUAUGCCCCUUUUUUUCCUCGUCAUUAUAACGGCAUGAAAACCCAAAACCAAUGACAUUUUAUUCUGAGACAUCCAUAUCUCUUUGUUUCUUAUUUUUACUUUUGUAUUACUGUUAGAAUAGGUUCCCAUUACAGAAGCUUCUGUCGUUUCACACAUUGAUGGCAUCAAAGAUUUGUGUUUCAGU